UGUUAAUGGCUCCACCUGCUUCUACUGCUUCAUCAGCUGACCCUUCUAAGCCAACGGCUCAAAAAUUGACCGAAGAAUCCGAUGAGAAAACUCUUCGCAAAUAUUUCAGCACAAAAGUCGAUGAUGCGCAGCAAAAAGUGGCCGACAAAUCACAAAAUGUGCGUCGUCUGCAAGCUCAGCGUAAUGAGCUCAACACAAAAGUUCGUAUGCUGAAAGAAGAGCUUCAGCAGCUCCACGAGCAAGGAAGUUACGUCGGUGAAGUGAGCAAAGCCAUGGAUAAGAAGAAAGUUCUUGUGAAAGUUCAUCCAGAAGGAAAAUAUGUCGUCGACGUGGAUAAAUCCAUUGAUAUCAACUCACUGAACACAGGAGCACGUGUUGCACUCCGAGCCGACAGCUAUGCUCUUCAUAAGCUUCUUCCGAAUAAGGUGGACCCGCUGGUUUCGCUUAUGAUGGUCGAAAAGGUUCCUGAUUCAACAUACGAGAUGGUUGGAGGUCUCGACAAGCAGAUCAAGGAGAUCAAGGAGGUUAUCGAGCUGCCAGUCAAGCAUCCCGAGCUCUUCGAUGCUCUUGGUAUUGCUCAGCCAAAAGGAGUCUUGCUCUUUGGACCACCAGGAACUGGAAAAACACUGUUGGCUCGUGCAGUUGCUCAUCACACCGAGUGCACGUUUAUUCGAGUUUCCGGCUCCGAGUUGGUGCAGAAGUUUAUUGGAGAAGGAGCACGAAUGGUUCGUGAGCUCUUCGUGAUGGCUCGUGAGCAUGCUCCAUCGAUCAUUUUCAUGGAUGAAAUCGAUUCGAUCGGAUCUAGCAGAGUUGAAGGAUCCAGUGGUGGAGAUUCGGAAGUUCAGAGAACAAUGCUCGAGCUUCUCAAUCAACUGGAUGGAUUUGAGGCGACGAAGAAUAUUAAGGUCAUCAUGGCAACCAAUCGUAUCGACAUUCUCGACCCCGCACUUCUCCGUCCCGGCCGUAUCGAUCGUAAGAUUGAGUUCCCGGCUCCAGAUGAGAAGGCUCGUGCCGAUAUCCUCAAGAUUCACUCGCGCAAGAUGAACUUGAUGCGAGGUAUCAACAUGGCCAAGAUCGCCGAGCAAAUUCCCGGAGCAUCGGGAGCCGAAGUCAAGUCGGUGUGUACCGAGGCUGGCAUGUUCGCGCUCCGUGAGCGACGUAUUCAUGUGACGCAGGAGGAUUUCGAGAUGGCUGUUGGAAAGGUUAUGCAGAAGGAUUCGGAGAAGAAUAUGUCCAUCAAGAAGUUGUGGAAGUAAAAAUAAAAAUGCAAAUUUCGACUUUUUUUAUCGAUUACCCCCCCCCCCCUUUCACUGAUUUUAUUGUAAAAAAUGGACCCUAUUUAUUUAUUGUCUUUGACCUCCCGUGCUCUCCUUCUUUUGCUGAAUAAUGCAAUCUUUAUUCGAAAA